AUGGCCGACGCUCUGAAGGCCGAGGGCAACAAGGCCUUUGCGGCCAAAGACUUCAAAACUGCCGUUGACAAGUUCUCUCAAGCUAUUGAACUAGAUCCCACGAACCAUGUCCUUUACUCCAACCGCUCCGGUGCAUAUGCUUCUCUCAAAGAGUACCAGAAAGCCCUUGACGAUGCGAACAAGACGACAGAACUCAAACCUGACUGGGCAAAAGGCUGGGGUCGAAAAGGAGCUGCGCAGCACGGUCUUGGUGAUCUGGUCGGUGCAAAGGAUGCUUUCGAAGAGGCCUUGAAGCUCGAACCUUCCAACACUCAAGCCCGGCAAGGCCUCGAGGCUGUCGAGAGAGCCAUUGAGGCGGAAGCCCGUGCAGACGGUGCCGAUUUGGGUGGCUUGGGCAACAUGUUCAACGAUCCUCAGCUCAUCCAGAAGCUCGCAAGCAAUCCAAAGACAUCGAAAUACCUUGCAGACCCUCAAUUCAUGGCCAAGUUGCAGCGACUGGCAAAGAACCCUCAAGAGAUGGGUCAGGAACUCGCCGACCCCAGAUUCCUCGAGGUCAUGGGUGUACUACUGGGUGUCGACAUGCAGAUGGGUAUGCCGCCGGAAGGUGGCCCCUCUGAUGCGCGGAGAGCCGCAGAAGAAGAAGAGGACGUUCCCAUGCCGGAUGCCCGGCCUCAGUCCAAUCCUCCACCGCAAGCCGAGAAGAAGGCGCCCGAACCCGAACCCGAACCCGAGCCCGAAGACGAAGAGGCUAUCGCGGCGAAGAAGGCGAAAGAAGAGGCCGAGAACGAAAAGAAACUUGGGACAGAAAAUUACAAGAAGCGAAAAUUCGACGAAGCUAUUGAACACUACGGAAAAGCCUGGGACUUGCACAAGGAUAUAACUUACCUAACCAACCUCGGCGCGGCCAAAUUUGAAAAGGGUGACUACCAAGGGUGUAUUGAUGCUUGUGAGAAGGCCGUUGAGGAAGGCCGCGCCAUGCUCGCCGACUUCAAGAUUAUCGCCAAAGCCUUCGGCCGCAUCGGAUCUGCUUAUGAGAAAAUGGGUGACUUGCCCAAAGCCCUGAUCAACUACCAGAAAUCUCUCACUGAACACCGCACGCCCGAAAUCUUGGCGAAGUUCAAGGCCGCCGAGAAGGCUCAGAUCAAAGCCGAGAAGGACGCAUAUAUCGACCCAGAAAAGGCAGAAGAAGCGCGUCUGUUGGGAGCCGAGAAGUUCAAAAAUGGAGACUGGCCAGGUGCUGUCGAAGCCUACACUGAACUCACCAAACGUGCGCCGGAUGACCCUCGAGGAUAUUCCAACAGGGCUGCAGCACUAAUCAAACUCCUUGCCUUCCCGACUGCCAUCCAAGACUGCGACGAGGCCAUUAGACGUGACCCCAAAUUCAUCAAAGCAUACCUCCGGAAAGCUCAAGCUCUGUUCGGCAUGAAGGAAUACAACAAGUGCCUGGAUGUGUGUACAGAAGCCAUGGAACAUGACGAAGACGGUAAGAACGCCCGAGAAAUUGAACAGCAGCAAUCCAAGGCCCUCGAAGCAAUGUACGCUGCUCGCCAGGGAGAAACGGAAGAAGAGACGAGCGCGAGAAUCCAGAAAGACCCUGAAAUCAUGCAAAUCCUUUCCGAUCCGGUCAUGCAAUCCAUCUUGCAACAAGCCAAGUCCGAUCCGGCGGCACUGAACGAACACAUGAAGAACCCUGGAAUUCGCACGAAGGUUCAAAAGUUGAUUGCCGCGGGUGUGAUUCGCGUGGGACGGUAG